CCCGCGUACCCAGCGGGCCUCGCCACAGCGCCGCCUUGUGGACGGAGGGCGCGAGCAGAAAGUUCCCCUUCAGGUCUGGGGAAUAGGCCGGGGAGAAGGCUCAGGGGUAGGGUGCGAUUUAGGGUGAGUUUUAGGGUGAGGGUGAGCGUGAGGGUGAGGGUUAGGUUGGGCGUUAGGGUUCGAGUGGACAGUGCAGAGCGCACGCUCCCAGCAGCACAGGGAGCCCAAGGCACCAUUCCCUGCUCCAGUUGUCCUCUUGUGAUGCAGCCAUCUUCCUCAGUGCUUUUGACCACACGAACCUCAAAGAGGAUUUCAGUUUUGCAGCCUGCCCCUCUGUGGUGCACACUGUGCUGCCGUCACAGCCCGCGAGGGGAAUGGCGAGGCACUGCGGGGAUGGCAGCAGUGCAGAGGGGAGGAUGGCCGGGACGAGCUCACGGAAACAGCCAUCCCCACACAGCCAAGCAGUUCUGUGCUGCAGCUCUGCUCCUUUGCAGCAGAAGCAAAGUUCAUCCCAGCCCCAGCUCCAGUGGCAGCUUCGCCCUCCUCUGCCACAAGAGCCAGGGCCAGCGCUCACCACAGACCUGGAGCGGCUGCUGGCCAGGCGGCUUUGGGCCCUGCCUUGACAUGACCAGUCACAGAAUAAUCCUACUGUCCCUCGGAGGGCUGGCUUUAGCAAUUUUAGGCGCAUAUUUUUUUUAAUUUUCCUUUGUUUGUGUGUGUGUGUGUGUGUGUGUGUGUGUGUGUGUGAUAAGCAAAGGACCAGCCCUUCUCUGAGCUCCUUCUCCAUGGAGCAGGACUGCUCAGAGGCUGAAGCUACAGAGGAGUUGUCAGCUGGAAGUGAGGGUCCAGGCAGGGUGUUCUCCUUCCCCUCCCUCCCUGGCUGUACCAGAGAAGUGCAGCUGUUAGGUAUGACACAGCCGUGGUGCUGUUACAAAUACAUAGAGUGACCCAAGCUACAGAGAUGGACAGUUGUGUGCCUGUUGGCACCUUUGUUUCCUGGAGAGUAGACGGGCAGCCUGAGGGAGGGAUUCACUUGGCCUUGGGAGAACUGGGAUAUGUUCCUACCGCACUGAAACUGAAACUGACAAAGAUGCAAAGGAGAAAUUAGUGCAUUAAAAGGUAUAUUGUUUAUUUUCGCAAGUCGUGUGAGGAGUGGUCGAGGGAACUGGGGUUCUUAAGCCUGGAGAAUAGGAGGCUCAGGAGAGUCCUCAUCACUCACCACAUCAUCUGGGGAGAAGCCCACCCCUUGCCCACAGGCACGGCAGGUGCACAGCAGCACCAGGCCCCACUCGCUAUAGGGACACGACCCCCCCCUCAGGUUGGUGCCCUUCUGCCAGCUUGCAAGACAGGGGGGCACCAGAGGGUUCCUGCCCAGGGACUGCCCCACAGGACUGGCCCUUUGCUGCCUGUCAGCAUCGGCCACAGGGUCAUAAAGAAGCUAGGAAUGUGCUAGGGCGGAGGAGUGGGGAAGGCCUUGUGUGGCGCGAGGGCUGCAGCCUCUGGCACGGGGAGGAUUGCUAGCAGGUGGAAGGAGGCCAUGCUUCCUGCCUGCUGCAUGGCAGGCACCGGGCCCCUCACUCUGCGCUGGCUGCAAGAGCCGCCGCCCUACUGCUUGGGUGCCCAGGGCGUGUGCCCUCACCCCCUGUGAGGUGUGAUGAUGUCACAGAGGGUGGCAGGGAGCGGCCAUUGUGACCCGCGGGGUGGGAAGCAGAGCAAAGGCUGUGGGGCUCAGGCCGAGCUCAGUGCGACCUGGUGAGGUGCGUGGAGGGCAGGGAGGAAGGGGCUGCCUGAGGCUGCCAAGGAGGAGGGGGCCCCAGUGCUCCAAGGCCUGAGCUGCGAACUCACCCCCUCGUCCCGCUUCUCCCCUAGAGUUGGCACAGGAGCGUGCGCAGGAGAAAGCCCGGUGCUGCCGGGACAGGGAUUCUGCGAGUGCUCGCCGUCAACACGUACCAUGUCCAAAGGGAAAAAGAGAGCUGCCAGCUCGUGGGGGCCGGGAGAAAAAUGCGUGCUGUGCAUCCAGUCAGAUGCUGACCCAAACAUCUAUGGGCGCAAACGGAUCAUAAGUGGGAUCUAUUUCCAUGAAUUCUGUGCGGUAUUUUCUUCCAGGCUUUUUCAACAAGCAAGAUCAGAUAAGAAAAACGAUCAUUUAAGCACCCUUGACAUUAUACACACAGUCCAGCAGGCAGAGCAGAGGCUCUGCUUCGUCUGUGGCAAGAGGGGGGCCUCCAUCACCUGCGCAGAGGCAGGCUGCAACCGCAGCUUCCAUUUCCCCUGCGCCUUGGAGGCUGAAUGUGUCACCCAGCACUUCCAACAGUACAGGUAA